CACAGUAUCAUAGAGCAGCCCAUGCACUUCGGUCUCGAAAACUGGACAAACUGUAUGAAGCAUGCCGUUACCUUGCGGCUAGAUGCCAUUAUGCUGCAAAAGAGUAUCAGCAGGCCCUCGAUAUCCUUGAUAUGGAGGAACCAAUCAAUAAGAGAUUAUUUGAAAAAUAUUCAAAGGAUGAAAGUGGUCUGAAAGACCCCCCCGGUGACUGGGAGACGUCACAGGCCUCGAUAAAGAGUUCUAUUUGCCUUCUACGAGGAAAAAUCUAUGAUGCUUUAGAUAAUCGAACCCUUGCUACCUACAGCUACAAAGAAGCCUUGAAACUUGAUGUGCACUGUUUUGAAGCAUUUGAUCUUUUGACAUCGCAUCACAUGUUGACAGCACAAGAAGAAAAAGAACUUCUUGAAUCACUACCUCUCAGCAAGCUCUGUACUGAAGAACAAGAAUUGCUACAUUUUCUAUUUGAGAACAAAUUGAAAAAGUAUAACAAGCCUAGUGAGACUGUCGUCCCUGAGUCUGUAGAUGGCCUGCAGGAGAAUCUGGAUGUGGUGGUGUCUUUAGCUGAGAGGCAUUAUUACAACUGCGACUUUAAGAUGUGCUACAAGCUCACGUCCGUAGUAAUGGAAAAAGACCCUUUCCAUGCCAAUUGUUUACCUGUACAUAUAGGAACACUUGUGGAGUUGAACAAAGCAAACGAACUUUUCUAUCUUUCUCAUAAACUGGUGGAUUUAUAUCCUAGUAACCCUGUGUCUUGGUUUGCAGUGGGAUGUUACUACCUCAUGGUUGGUCAUAAGAAUGAACAUGCCAGGAGAUAUCUGAGCAAAGCCACAGCCCUGGAGAAGACCUACGGGCCCGCGUGGAUAGCCUACGGGCACUCGUUUGCAGUCGAGAGCGAGCACGACCAGGCCAUGGCUGCAUACUUCACGGCAGCACAGCUGAUGAAAGGGUGUCAUUUGCCAAUGUUGUAUAUCGGAUUAGAAUAUGGCUUAACCAACAACUCAAAACUGGCUGAAAGAUUUUUUGGCCAAGCUCUGAGCAUUGCACCUGAAGACCCUUUUGUCAUGCACGAGGUUGGCGUGGUGGCGUUCCAGAAUGGAGAAUGGAAAACAGCAGAAAAAUGGUUUCUUGAUGCUUUGGAAAAGAUUAAAGCAAUUGGGAAUGAGGUAACAGUUGACAAGUGGGAACCUUUGUUGAACAACUUGGGGCAUGUCUGCAGAAAAUUGAAAAAGUACGCCGAGGCACUGGACUACCACAGACAGGCGCUGGUGCUGAUCCCUCAGAACGCGUCCACCUACUCUGCCAUCGGGUAUAUCCACAGUCUGAUGGGCAACUUCGAAAAUGCCGUGGACUACUUCCACACUGCCCUUGGUCUCAGGCGAGAUGACACGUUUUCUGUUACAAUGCUUGGUCACUGCAUCGAGAUGUACAUUGGUGACUCUGAAGCUUACAUUGGAGCAGACAUUAAAGACAAAUUAAAAUGUUAUGACUUUGAUGUGCAUACAAUGAAGACACUAAAAAACAUUAUUUCACCUCCGUGGGAUUUCAGGGAAUUUGAAGUAGAAAAACAGACUGCCGAAGAAACCGGGCUUGCACCAUUGGAAACCUCAAGGAAAACUCCUGAUCCCAGACCUUCCUUGGAAGAAACCUUUGAGAUCGAAAUGAAUGAAAGUGACAUGAUGUUAGAGACAUCCAUGUCUGACCACAGCACGUGACUGCAGCAGGGGCUGGUCCUGUCUGUCCGAGCGUAGGUCAGUAUUCCUCCACAGCCUUGCUGUGUCCUAGGAAUGUCUCACUCCUAACAUGAAUCCAAACUGCAUCCCUACAUUUAGGGACAGACCUGGACAGCACACCUGCAAGAUGGGUUCUGAUUUCUGAAUCUACAAUGUAGUUACACUAGUGGAAUAAAGAAGGUAAACCAUCUAG